AUGAAAAUUUUAGGAUUAGCCCUCCUUUUAACAAUUGCCUUUUCUUAAAGCAGAUUAUCUGUUGACGUGUAUACGGAGUCAUUGUGUCCCGAUUGCAUGGAGUUCCUCCUCAAUUCCUUGACUGAGGCUGUGGAUACUCCAGAUAUUGAUCAGAUGGUCAACAUUAGAGUAAUACCAUAUGGAAACGUUAAAAGAGUAUUUAAUAAAACUACCGGAAAAUGGCAAUUCACUUGUCAACAUGGAUCUGUGGAAUGUUAUGGAAAUUAUGUCUAAUUGUGUGGCUAAAGCAUAUUGGCAUCCAAAUACCCUACCGACAACGAAAUCCUAUAAGUUUAAUGGGCUAUCUGUAUUGACAGAAGAAUAUUCAAGCCAUAUACAAACACUCGUUUUGACGAAGCUGCAAAUCUCUGUGCAGCCGAUUUAGGUAUCUCAGGAACUGCUGUCAAAGAAUGCGCAAAUGUAUUAUUAUUUUAAACAUACAGGGUGACUAAGGUUACAAGCUACAUCGAGCAGCAGCUGAAGAAACUGAUGCACUUUCACCAGCACAUCAAUAUGUCCCUUGGAUUACAACAAACAAGAAACAUAGCGUGACUGAUGAAAAUCUUAUUUUAGAAGAUUUAGUUUAAUGGGCUUGCAAUAACUACAAAGGAUAAAAAAUUGAUGCUUGCUCUACCAGAAGUUAAUGAUUAUUAUAAAUAAGAAAUUAGUGAAAUUGUCUGUUUAAUAUGAUUAAUGUUAGACCUUGUUGAUCAAUUUAAAUAAUAUAUCAUUUUCAGUAACCUUUUAACUUAUUACUCAUUUUGAGUAACAAAUUCAUAAAUUUGUUGAUUGCGUUCUAUAUAAAUAAAAUGGCUAUUUACAGCAUAAAUGUUAAGAAUUAUAGCUAACAUACACUCUAUGUGAUUACAAUUUCUUCCCCUUUUAUAAUAAAGAAUUGUAAGCUUUUAAAUAUCAAAGUACAAAUGAAUUAAAUAUUACUUUACUAUGA